GUUGAUCUUGUCGCAGGUUAAGGGUCUCGAUCACGAGGGACUCACGUGGAAAUUCCGUGGGUGCCACUCAAUCUGACAGACUUCAAGUUGACGUCGUUCCAAGCACGGCAGAGCCGUCUGUGCGUAAUCAACUGGGGCUGAGGCUGGCGCCUUUAUUUAAUUACACCAUUUCCUUGCCCACACACCCGCUCCAAGCUCGCUACACCGCUCUGAGAGUCUGUGUCAGUCGCCCCGUCAAUCACAGUGCCUAGCCGCUUUCAAUCCCAAUACUUAUCCAGCAUUGCGCUUGAGAACGCAGCUUCCCGCACCUUCCGUGUCAGCCUGCACAGCUCCUUCCCCCUACCAAGCUGAAACAUCGCAAUCGCCACCAACAUGUCGGGCAACAACUACCAGCAGUACAGCGGGAACCCAUAUGGCGCGGCAGAGGCCGGCUAUGGUACGGGCGCAUCUAACCCAGCGUCGAACCCAGCAUCGAACCCGUAUGGAUCGUCCAACCCAUAUGGCGGAGGACAGUACGACCAGCCGCAAGGGCGCCUCAACGCACCGGCUCUACAGCACGAGGACUCGAACUAUUCGCAAGCAUCGCAAUACUCCGGACCAGCCCCGCCCAUCGCACACGCAGUUCCUCACACGACCAUACCUCAUACCGACGUACCUCUUUCGGGAGCUUACGGGCACGCAGCUCUGGAGCAGCCUGGGGCUAAACCUUUGACCCAACAGGACUUUCUGCAGCGCAUCGACGGCACAAAACAAAGGAUCGGCCAGCUCACGUCCGACAUCCAGGCAAUUGCGAGUAUCCACCAGCGCAUGCUAUCCUCUCCUGACAGCGGCUCCUCCAGCGAGCUCGAGAGCAUCGUUUCGCACACACAGAUCAGGAAUACGCAGAUCAAGGAUGAGAUCAAGUUUCUGGAGCGCGACGCGGCGCGGGAACCGAACAACUCGUUCAAGAGGACGCAGGUCGAGUCGCUGAAGAGGACAUUCAAGAAGCAGCUCGAGGAUUUCCAGAAGGAAGAGUCGGAUUACUCCAAGAGGUAUCGUGAAGCCAUUGCCCGACAAUACCGCGUCAUCAACCCCGAAGCUACAGAGGCCGAGGUUCAAGAAGCAGCGAAUGCUGACUGGGGUGAGGAGGGUAUCUUCACACAAGCUCUCAAGAGCAACCGCAGUGGCCAGGCUUCAAGCGUGCUCGGUGCCGUCCGCGCUCGUCACAAUGACAUUCAGCGCAUAGAGAGGACCAUGGGUGAACUUGCCCUGCUCUUCAACCAGCUCAACGAGCAAGUCAUCUACCAAGAGGAUCAAGUCGUCCAGACCGAGGCCCAGACUGUCCAGGUCGUCGAUGACUCUAAGCAGGCGAACACAGCACUCGACAAGGGUAUCGAUUCUGCUCGACGUGCGAGGAAGCUCAAAUGGUGGACAUCGCUUGUUGUCCUCUUGAUUCUUAUCAUCGUUGGACUAGCGGUCGGUCUGUACUUUGGAUUGAAGAAGUAAAAGGGCGAUGGGUAGACUUUUCAUCAUGUAACUGGGUUGGAGUCGUGCGUGAGAAUCAUAUUGCCUGAAUAUCAUGACGAAGAGAGCGACGACAGUCGACGCAGGAUGGCAGAUUACGAAGGGGUAAUAAUAUAUGUACUGGGAUCCUAUUUAAUAAUAUUGUAAUAUGGCUGC